AUGUUUCGCACGCCAUGGAUGCUCCCCCACCGCUCUCGUUGCCUCUUCUUGUACAGCCACUCUCAGGUGGCAACGGCUGGGUGUUUAAGGAGCACGAUAAAGAGACGGAGAAAAGGUCACACGGAGGGGAGCAACAGCGUGAGAGAAAUCUACAGCAGCAUGGCCACAGCAAGGGCACACCAGCAGGAAUGCCGACUGAACAUGACAGCAGCGGCAAACAGGGCAGUGAACAACUUCAAGUCAUGGAAUCUCCCCCCAUGCUGUGUGCCCCACGUGGCUCGCUACGUCUCCUCGGGGGCCUACUAUGCUGAUCACUCUGCUGCCAUCGCUGCUGCUGCGGCGUUCUUUAAAGUGCCACUAGUUGAUGGGCUGAGCCAUGAGGUGGGCGCGUGGGAAAGGUGGGGACGUGGGGGAGAAGGGGCGGUGGGAGUACAAGUCGGGAGUGUUUUGGGGAGGAAGGGUGGGGAGGGGAAAGGCGCGGGUGCAGCUGGAAGAGGGGAUUCGGAGGGUGAUUGGGUGUGGGGUGAGGGGCAACCGCCUUACAGGGGGGUUAGUGGGAGACUCAACUGGGAAACUAGCAGGCAGCAAGCACAGGAAGGUGGGAACGGGAAUGGGGAGACGAGGGGUGGUGAGGGGCGCGAGGAGGUGGGGAGGGGGCAGCAGCAGAAGCGGCAGGAGGUGGUGGUGUUUGACAUUGAUGAGACACUGCUCUCCAACCUGCCUUACCUGGAGGCACAUGGAUAUGGGUCAGAGCCGUACGAUUCCUCCAAGUGGGCUGACUGGGUGUUCACCUCUUCAGCACCACCACUGCCUGCAGGCAUUGCCCUCGUCCGGGCCCUGCAGACCACUGCAAGCAUUCAUGACAAUAACGGCCCGGGGAAGGAAAGAUAUGCCGAGGAGAGCUAUGCGGAGGAGGAUAGCAGGGAGGGUGGGGUGGGUGCGGGUGGGUUGGGUGUGGCGCUGGUGACAGGGCGGCCGGAGUCCCAGCGAGCUGCCACAGUGGAGAACCUGAGGCGGGUUGGUGUGACACAAUGGAAGGUGCUCAUGAUGAGGCCUCUGGAUGCGAAUGGCAGUGUGGUGCAGGAAACAGCGGUGCAGUUCAAGAGUCGAUGCAGGAGGGAGAUAGAGGCCAUGGGAAUGCACAUUGUGGCUCAGGCCGCCUCUAUGUCUCCCGAACCCGCUUCUUGCUCGACCGAGCCGGAUCGUCCUCCCAUCCUCCACUUCUCCCGGUCCACAUGGAGCCAGCUUUCCCGUUCGCAGCUAAUCUACCUUCUAGUGGUGCAAGGCGUGGGAUCCGCUAUUCUAGACGCUGGAGCGAAUUUCGGCAUUGCGACGGCCAUGUACCGGGGGUCGCCGGAUCCCGUGCGUGUAUGGGAGCUGCCGAACAGCCUUGCCGGCGACGCGAUCGUGACGAUCAUGAUUCAAGGCACGCUGACGUGGGUCAUUGCUGGACUGCUGACACGGCUGGAUGUGAAAUCAGAACGAAUCCAGCCCAUCUUUUAUCAGCAUGCACCUCGUCCACUCCAAGACUUCAAUGCUGACGGAUCUUCGUCGUCGCCUUCGACGGACCGCGACGACUCAUCUUCGUCGCGAUCUGCCUCGCCAUCAGCAGCGCUGGCGACGCAUGGAUCAGCCUCGGAAACACUCGAGUUGCGGGUGGCGUUUAACCGAUUGCUGCGGCUGCGCGAGCAGUUACACGAUUCGAGGCUGAAGCGAGGUUCCCAACUUAUAGAACGGGACGCGAAUUUCGCGAUACCAAUCAAGGACGACGACCUGAGGCACAGAGUUAUGGAGGUUGAGGACAAGGUUGAAAAGGACCUCAAGCAGCAAGACCGCGCAGGAGCACGCUGGAGAGAUGGAACGGGUGGGUUUGAGGGAGGGGGACGAUUGGAGAAAGAGGCACUUGUCGACGGAAGGGGGCCUCAAGCAGCGGCACGUGUGAGGGAAAUGAGGAUUGGGGAAACGGGGGGACGGAGGCAUGGUGGUUGGAGCAUGGCGGGGAAGCUCCAAGAGGCUCGGCACGGCGGAGACCGAUUGACGGAAGGGACGGACACGUCGAGUCCACGUGGGGAGAGGCGAGGUUUUGGGAACCUGAUUGGUUGGUUCAUGGGGGUAGAGGAUGAACGAGUGGUGAUUGGGUGGUGA